CACUCAUCACAAAUUUCCCAAACCCUCGAAAGGGUUUCUCUCCAACACGACCACACCCCUCAAAGACACACAGACACAGCAGCUUGUUGUUUCUGUAUUUUUGAGCUUGUCGCAUUUUCUUGAAGCAACCAACCAUCCCAGAUAUGGGUAGUACCACCGCUAUUGACAAGACUGAGGAAGAGCUCCAGCGAGAAAUCGAUGAACUCCUCCACCAACAGCGCCAGAUUACGGAGCGGCUACGCGAUCCUCGGGGGCUCCGAAGGGGAGGGUUGUCUGGUGCUGGUCCUCGGAACUUUGCAGCCAAUGGGGUUCGCCAGCGAGGCGUUGUUCGACCUGCUGAUAGGAACGAUGCAGAAGAUCAACCUCCUGCAAAACGGCGGCUUUUGUCUGCUGUUGUCAAGGUGGAGGAUGGAGAGAUUGUUGAGGACCCUACAGUAUCAACGGAUUUGAAGAAUAAGCAGUCCGCUGAGGAGGAUGUUGGAGCGGCCAUAGAGGAUCAAAGUGAUGGAAAACCAGCCAUUCUACAGCAGAGUGGUUGGUCUAGGAGGGAUGGCAAUCAGAGACCAGGAAAGAGGGAGGCUGAACUUCCAGUGGCUGAGCCUGUGCCACGGGUGUUGCCAAAGGAUGAGGAUCCAAGCUUGGUUAGCAGAAAUAAAAGAAUGUUGGGGCAACUUUUGGUUACUUUGGAGAAAUUCAGAAAAGAAGAUAUGAAGCUUUCAGGGACAGAGGCAUAUAAGCAAAGGUCAAAUGCUUUGUUAAGAGCUGAGCAAAGAGCACGAGAAGAAAGUGAAAGGUUGAGGCAGCAAGAGCGUGAACAAAUUGUUGAAAAGAGGAGGAGAGAUCUGACUCUUAGAGCACGUGUUGCUGCCAAAACAGAACAAAAGAAGUUGGAAUUGCUGUUUCUUCGGUGGAGUGAGCACCAUAAAAAACUUUGCAAUUUUAUAAGGACUAAGGCAGAGCCUCCAAUUUAUUAUUUGCCUAACAAAGCAUCGGAUGAAGAUGCAACAUUGCUUGAGCAUUGCAAAGAACAGACAUUUUCCGAAUGGAAGGCUACCAGGAGAGAGGAACUGUCUGAAUAUCAGAAGCAGAUAGCUGAGCAGUAUCUUGGCAAUGUUGAAAAGGAACUAGAAAGGUGGCAAAAUGCAAGGAAAGCAAGGAGACCAAACAAUGAUGCAAAUUUACAGGAAUCGAUGGACAAAGAAUUGGACACCCAUAGGCUUGAGCAUGGUCCCAAGACAAGAAAGAUCCCUGGCGGAAGCAACAAUGAAGAUGAAGAUGAUGUAGAGGAUAUCAAUGUUGGGGAGGAUGACAUGAUGGAUGAUGUGCUGGUAGUUGAUGAUAACAGUAGAAGGGGUGAUGAAGCAGCCAAGCCAGAAGCUGGUACCACCAGUCCACAUCCUGAUAAUAUUGAUCAGUGAUAUUGAAGACAUCCAAUCAAAUCCUUUAUUCAGGUAUCUGUGAAUUGUGCAAUAGCGAUAAGUCCAAGGAAGCAAUCUCUUACUUACAAGCAGUGUGGGUUUGAUGGAUUAAACGUCUGACUAAGCAGAACAUGGCCAAAAACAGAAGGCAAAGAAGAAAAAGAUUAUAUAUAUUUUUUUCUUUUUUCUGUUCCCUUGUUUAGUUUUUUUUAGAGAUAAGCAAGUGAGAGUGGAGAAAAGCAAAAGAGAAGGCUAGAAAGUAGAAAGCAGGUUAAGACUGGAGACCCAUAUCCUCACAUGGAGGAUGGAAGGCAAAGAUGGGUGGUAAAAAAAGAGAAAUGGGGAUAUUCUAAUGGGAAAUCAAAAAAGUUUUCCCAAGAUUUUUCAGGUUUUUAUAUUGGUUUACUUCACUUGGAAGAAAAAAAAAAACUGAUUGCGUGUAAAGUGUAAUUCUCAUGUAAUGCCAUCCACACCUAAUUAGCUUGUUUGUUUCUUUCUUUCUUUUCUCAAA